UCCACAUGCGCUCGCUCAUACGGAGAGGAACGUCCCUUUCAUCUGAGCAGUGAGCACUCCUGGCACACAUCCUGCAGCACACCUCUCGCUCUAGCGACACCAGUAUGACCGAGCCUCGCAAGCAACACUGCUGGGAGUGCCUUCGACGACCUCUGGUCUGCGACUUUGCUCGUCCCCAGUGCAAGCGAUGCGCCACGGCGGGCAUCCCCUGCCCCGGAUACGGCAAGAAGGAGCCUCGCAGGUUGAAGUGGCUCCCGCCCGGAAAGGUUACGUCGCGACGACCGAAGGCCGUCAAGCCCGAGGCCAAACCGAGUCCCAUGUGUUUGUUCAGGCCACAGAAUAUUGUCGGUGACUGCAACUCGAUCAGGGUCGUCCGACUCCCACUGACAAGUCCAAUAUCGGAAGUAAGGGGGGCAGGUAUUCGCGUAGUGGGGAAUCCCUCGUAG